AUGUCCGUCUAUGAUGAUAUCAAUCAACAAGCUGAUGACAAAUCACAAAUAGAAAAACCAGAAGCGGGACAACCUGUUGGACAUCUUAAAGAUGGGACCUUAGUUUAUCCUGGAGAUGAAUUGGAUUCAGAUGUAACAUUAUUUCUUGAAUGUGGGAAUUGUACAUGCGAUCAUACUUCAUUAAAUUGCAAACCAGGUGCAUGCACAGAGGAUGGAAACUGGAGUUCAUGGUCACCCUGGGGCGAGUGCGAUCGCACAUGUGGUGAAACAGCAGAGCAAGUCAGAAGUAGAACAUGUGACAAUCCAUCACCUGCCAAUGGUGGCAGAGAGUGUGUUGGGCCUGAAAUAGACAGAAAAUAUUGCAGUGUUCCAGAAUGUGCAGUAAAUGGUGAGUGGACACCAUGGUCUGAAUGGAGUGAGUGCUCAGCAACUUGCAAUGGAGGCUUCAUCAACAGAUACAGAGACUGCACAGACCCAGAACCUCAGAAUGGUGGAGAAAACUGUCCCGGUCUUGCUCAGAACACUGAAAGAUGUAAUACUGAUCCAUGUGAAGAGGAAUGUACUGAUGGAAAAGAGUAUACAAAUUGUGAGGAUGUAGUUUGUCCUGCUACUUGUGAUGAACUAUCCGAGAAGACGAAUUGUGCGGAGUGUGUUCCUGGUUGUCAUUGUGCUGAAGGUAAAGUUGAACAAGACGGAGAAUGUGUGGAUGUAUCUGAAUGCAGAUGCCCAUUUGAUAUGUCAGCGCUUAUAAAAGUACAAGGACCACUGACAACUCCUGCAAAAAGUGUUAUUGAAGAAAUUGCAACAACACCCAGAAUUAGACUGACCGGCCCAGAACCAGGUGAACCAUUUGGACCGGGUGGUCCACUCGGGCAAGGUGGGCCAGGGGGGCCUGGAGGACCUGGUGGACCUGGAGGACCUGGAGGACCUGGUAUGUUUGCUUAA